UUCCGAAAAACUCUUGUCUUUUGUACCGGGCUGAGCGCCAGCACUAGUUCAAAUGACCACUCUCUAAUGGACAUUGGCAUUCUGGCAGACUUAUUUCCUCCGCCAGAUCUCUCUUCUACUUGGACCAGUUUUGAAGCAGCAUCAAAGUUUUUGAUGCGCACUUGUUGCUUUGACGCUCGGUCGGCAACAUGUUAUCCCGAAGCCAAUCCGAAGAAACGAGUACAAAUUCCUGUUACCCUCCUCUACUAA